GAGUUCAAUACCUCGGCAAACCCACCGCGAUAAACCGAAGGAGCAAAAUAACGCAUUACGACGAGCCCCCUCAAAUUACCCUCCAUUAACGCAUUCCCAAUUCCCCCACAUAAGCAUUUUCGUCGAAAAUUUUCCUCCAGAAUACAUGACGUGGCUCCAACAACAACACGAUCGGAAUUGAUUAUCGGCGCCGGGAUAAGGGUUCGGAUCCCACGCGAGAGCCGCAGUUAGGGGGUUGGAUGCCCUUCCCGAUACUUACCAAGAGUCAAGGACCGAGUGUACUUCUAUCGGGAAAGAGUGAAUGAAGUAAAUAGUCGUAAACAGCUGAUUCUAGAGUCGGUUGUAGAAAACAGCUGAUUCUAGCCUUGCUCAUCUUACGAUUGGAGCUAGAAAAUCACAAUGCUGCGCUUCAUUUGGUUUAUAACUUUAUUAUGCAUGACUUUUGUGGUCAUCAGUGCAGAAAUACAUCCCAUAGAUGUAGAGCCAGUGAUUAAAAAAGAGCAGCCAGAUUUUGAGGAUGACACGGGCAAUGGCUCUGUGUUGCAGGCUGGGAGUGGCCAUGCACCCAACUCCUCUUUGGAUGAAAAUAAGAAAAAUAAAGCAGAUGUUAGCUUCAUGCAUGCAUUUAUUGCUGCCCUUAGUAUGAUCAUUGUUACAGAGCUAGGAGAUAAAACUUUCUUCAUAGCUGCAAUUAUGGCAAUGAAUCAUCCAAGGGUUACGGUGUUUGCUGGAGCAAUGUUUGCGUUGACAGCUAUGCACGUUAUGUCGGCUUUGUUUGGGUAUGUUAUUACAUGGAUCCCGCGAGUAUACACUUUCUAUGCCUCAAGUGUUCUUUUUGCCAUAUUUGGCUUAAAAAUGUUACGUGAAGGGUGGAAAAUGAAACCCGAGGAAGCACAAGAAGAAUUUGAGGAGGUCCAGAUGGAUCUGAGACGCAGAGAUGAUGAUUACAAACAGGAUAGUGUGGAAGAUGGUGAGAACAAGUUCCAAAAGGAGCCAUUAGAAGAAGGAGGAGCAGGUGUUCGAGGCAGAGGGGGACGUCGUGCUGGAAUCUUCGGAUUGGUUUCGCGCAUUUUCUUGCAAGCUUUCACGCUUACUUUCCUAGCAGAAUGGGGUGAUCGUUCUCAGAUUGCAACGGUGGUCAUGGCAGCUCGAGAGGAUGUAUAUGGUGUUAUUGUUGGUGGCUUGCUGGGACAUUUCUUGUGCACAGGCCUUGCAGUCAUAGGUGGACGUAUCAUUGCUACAAAAAUUUCUGUGAGAACAGUUACAAUCAUUGGAGGGAUAACCUUCUUGAUAUUUGCAGUGUCAGCGCUCAUUAUGGGCCCAUGAAAAUAAAAUGCUCAUAUAAAUCCAGAAAUGUUAUAAGGUUGUGGUAAACAUAUUUUUAUAGUUUACUGUAUUCCUUUUUUAGAAAAAAAAAAAAAAAUUAUAUAUAUAAAUGGAGAAAUUCUAAAACUGAUGACUGACUUUGUACAGUAUAUACCUAUUUAUUUUUAGGGUAACAUAUGACGACUGUAUGUAAAUACCUACUCUAUUACUUCUCAUAGAAGGUAAUGGAAAAAAAAUUAUACUUUAUUAAAUUCUUACUAUUUUAUGAGGUGAUAAGUUUCGCAGAUACUGUCAUUGUGUUCCUUUUUAGAAAGGUUUUGAUAAAAGUGAUUUAUUUAUGUUUAACUAAUUAUCAUACAAAGGUACGAUGGAUUGAUGCAAGACAUUAUUUGAUCUGGAUUUUAUGAUGUAAUAAUGAAUGUACACAAAUAAUGGCACUCAAUUACCAUACCUCAUUGUUUAUAAAUAAAAUUAAUUUUAAU